AUGACCGAUACACUCCGCUCAACUGUACGAUUUCCGCCCCUUCGGCAGGCCCGGGGGACGGUGCUUAAUACUAUAAUGGAGGAUACGCGCGAAUCUCAAUUCGCUCAAACCAGUCCGAAAAGUUCAGUACCUGCCAGACUUACACCGGCAGCUAUCAGUCCCAAGUUGAAGUUGCAGACUAGCGGGUUCUCAAUACCAACACAUCCCCGGUUCGCACGCAUAAUGUCGCCUCUCUCAGCCGGGACUUGCUCGUCAUGCUCAGACACAGAAUGGCAGUCUCAGAUGCAAGGAUUUCAAGGAUUUCAAAGAUACGACGACUCAUACGACGCAUCGGAUUGUGACAGUAUUGACGAUGGGACCGAGUUCAGUGAUUCGUGCUUUUCCCCCGAUACGCGGCCAUCGAGCUUGGUUACACCGAUUACCCGAAACUCAGUGACGUCUACUGGGAGCCAGAAGCUGCCUCUAACCCUUAAGAUUCCCUCAUCCACGAUGUGGCCAUCAAUUAAUGGGUCCCUCAAGGGCUCCCCAGUCCCGCCGACACCUCCAGCCAAGAUUCCAGUCUCGCCAGCAGCGCUGUCGAUGCUCAGUCGUUCUGUGCCUGCAUCAUAUGCCCCACCUUCACUCGAUGGUAGUAUGACUUCGGACCAGGAAUCUAUCAGCGCAUUGGCUACACCGGACACUCAAUCUCUCCCAGACACCAACUGGGACGCCCAUGAUAUACAUGUUCGCCGAGAUGUGGACGGAAGUGAAAGUGACCUGGACGACGGCGAUGCCAGUUCAGACAUGCAGACUGUGCCUAUCGCUAUCGAGACCGAUAAUGAGGACUGGCGUCAUGUGCUGGGAAAUUUCCCCCGGAUUCCAACCGCUCAGGCAUAUUCACCCUCCCUCUCUCCCUCGCCUUCUUUCUAUCUAAAUAAUGAGCCAAUUCCUGAUUAUGACGACUUGUACGACCCCCCAGCCACUAAUCAAGGCGCACUUGUGCCUAAUUUGUCCCUGGCGAUGCUUCAUGACAUUCACUUGGAUGAAUCAACCGACUCGUGUUCCGAGACCUCAGAGGAUAAGGGUGAGAUGUGGCAACUGCAGCCGCCUCCCAGCCGCCCGAGGAGUGCUGACGGGGUGACACCCGCAUCUGAGCUGUCUGGAUACAGUUUCAGUGACCUGAGCGUUCCAUCUCCCGGUGGCUUCUUCGCCUCUCUGGCGCCCCGUGCACGUCACACAUGGGCAAUCCCCAACACCAACUACCAACCAACGUCGGCGGCUGCAGAGAGUUUCUAUAAUCUUCCAUGGCGUCGGGAUGAAGGAGAGAUUGUUGAGCAGGUAGUCGAGUGGCCUACGCGCCCUGAUGACGAAGACCCAGUCACAGCGGUUCGCAUCGAAGAGGCCCCGCUUACUGCCAUUCGAGUUCCCUGUGAUACACCCACUCGUCGCUCUGUCUACCAGGACAGCCCCAUGAGCGCUGCAUUUGACGCAGUUCAGGUCCAGGAGAUCCCUCGCUCUGGGAACGGGUAUGAGUACGAUGAGUGCUACGACCAAGAGCUACAGGAACGUGCAGUUGCGAAUCACGACCGCACCAGUGUCUGGCUGUCUGCUCAAGCAUCCUAUCUGUCCGCUCUCAAUGAGACAAAUCCCGUGAAUGACAUCGACGCUGUUGAACCAUCCGAGUCUGAGGAUGACGUCGAGGCUGAAGCUGAAGACAUCACAGAAGAUUCAUCCAAGAAGAUGGUACGAUUCGCCGAAGUCCCCGAAUCCCUCAGUCCUCUGCCCCCAUUCCUUGCUAGCAAGGAUUCAAUUUACUGGCAAGGCUUCCAGUCUAUGCGGGCACGAUCGACCAAGACUGACGGGUUCAUGCAUCGCAAUAUGCGAUUCGAUGCCGUGCAAUCCAUGCGCCUCGCCAUGACUGACUUGCACAUUAACUGCUUGCUGGGCAAGUAUGAGCUUGUUCGCCCUGAGCGCCCUGCUUACAGGGGUCCUUUUGCAAAGGCACCCCGCAACUCGGUGAUUACCACUGAGCUGGCCGAGAAGGCCCAAUUUGACAAGGUGGAGAAAGAGCAGCUGGUUCUUGCUCAGCUUUCCCAGCCCAUGUGGGCCAUGGAUGCUCUCCGAUCUCUCAACGGCGGCAAAUUGCUCACAAGCCCUGCUCAGCGCGUGCUUGCACGGGCCCCACCAAAGCCCAAGACCUCGCAGGGACCACGCAAGCGUAGCUUCCGCAUCCUGGACCUUGGUGGUCACUCUUCAUGCGACUGGGCUUGGCAGGCCGCGUACGAGUUCCCAAAUGUCAAGGUUUACACUGCCAGCUCCAAAGGCCAGACCGUGAACAGUGCCAUCAAAGGCCCUCCCAACCACCGUCAGGUAACCGUGGCCAACCUCUGGGAGCUCCCCUUUGGCAACAACCAGUUCGACGUCAUCUCCGCACGAUCCUUGCACGCACUACUGAAGACUGAAUGUCCCGCAGGCAAGGAUCGCGACGAGUAUGACCUAGUUCUGAAGGAAUGCAUGCGUUGUCUCAAGCCAGGCGGCUACCUCGAGUUCCAAGUUCUUGACGCCGAGAUCUCGCGGGCAGGUCCUUACGGCAGCGCAACGUCAGUAGAGUUCGCCUUCAACCUGCGCAAGCGCGGAUACGACCCAUUGGCAUCCAAGAGCUUCGUUGGUCGUCUCCGUAACACCGGAUUCGUCGACACACAGCGCGCAUUCAUGUUCCUCCCCAUGGGCACUGAGCCCAUCGAGCAGGAGCCGCUGCGUGAGACUCCUGCGCCGCGUGUGCAGAGCCAAAUUGAAGAUUAUGAGGCGGUGCAGGGACCGAUUGGUAGCACUGCCGAUAUUGCUAGUAUGACUGGACUGAUUGGAGGGUGGAUGUGGGAGCAGUGGUUACUGAAAUUGCGAGUAGAGAUGGGUCGUGAGCGGUCUAUGUUGCUUGAGGGUCUUGGUGGGCUGUUCGAUGAGGGGAGGAAGAGUGGCGCGGGCUGGACCUGCCUGUCUGGAUGGGCUAUGAAGCCAAAGCGAAUGGUCUCUUUGGCUUCCGGGUCUAUCUAG